CUCCUGUCCACCCGUGGUUGUUGCAGAUCCGGCUUUUCCUCGUCUCAAUGGCUCGCUUCGCUUUCCUUUCCCUGGCUUUGUUCUCGGUUCAGGCCUUGAUCGGCGGUGCUCUGGCAGCAGAUACCGCAGAUAAGGCUGAAGAGACAUUUGAAGCGCCUACUCUUGCUGUGACUGCCCAGGCAGCAUUCCCUGCCUCUGAGAUCUUCGGCGUGAAGCUCGUCAAUGGCCACCCCACACAGGCCUUAGUGACCUUCACCAACAAUGAAAAGUCUGCCGUGACUGUUAACUUUAUCGGUGGUACUCUGUCUACUCUGGGAGAGGAGAGUAAGCUGGUCCGCAAUUUGACCGCGACUCGCUACGGCGUGGAAAUUCCCGCGGGUGCACAGGAGAGCCUGAGCUAUAGCUUUGCCACCGAAAUGCACCCUCAGGAUCUUAGGCUCUCUCUCGCCUCGGUCGUUUCCGAUACAGAGGGCCGUUUCUUCACCGUGUACGCUUACAACGGCACCGUUAGUGUUGUUGAGCCGGAAACUAGCAUUUUCGAUCCUCAGAUUAUCUUCCUUUACUUCUUCCUCCUUGCUUGCUUUGGUGGCGUCGUAUACUUCUUCUAUACAGUUUGGAUUGCGCCCUACUUCCCUCAGAAACGAAAGUCUGCCAAGCAGGAAACAUCGAGGAAGAACGUCGCCUCGAAGAAGACUGAAGCAUCUGUCGACAGCCCUGCUGUUUCAUCCGCCACUACCUACAACGCCGAAUGGAUACCCGCUCACCAUAUCAACCGCCCUGAAGCCAGGAAGGUUAAGGGUACCUCCCGCUCCAAGUCACGGGCAUAAACGGAUUGCAUCCGAUGUACCACUUUUAAACUUGAGAGUUUCCGAGUUAGGCGCUCCGCAAGGAAAGUCUUUUUCCAUAAUGUCAUUUUCUGCACGGCAAUUUGUUUUCAGGUGCCUAUCAGGUUAGCGAACCUGUGCGCGGUUAUGCUGAGAAUGAAAUCCGUCAGGGCUCUCAUUAUACAUUGGAUUCCCCGCAUGUAUAUUUACAUCUAUUUAACUUGGCGGCUCAUUGGAGCUUUGGUCCUUUUCACAGGUCGUUUGGCGACAAGCGAUCACGUUCUAUUUAUCAAAGAUGCGGUUUUAAAAACCUGAAGUUCUGGUCUCAAAUUUGUGCCC